CUCUUCCUAGCUUCCUAAAACCUUCAAUGACACAUGUUUAGCGAUCAAUACUCCUUAGUCACCACCUCACUUUUCCCCAUUUCACCACAUGUCAUUAUUUUCUCUCUCUUCGUCUAUGUUGAUCUUCUCAAACCGCCAACCAAAAAUCAACCCCAAGUUAUACUAUUCAUUAUAUCACCUCUUAUAUGUAAAGGUCCUUAUUUCCUGUAACACAACACAAAGAAAAAGAAACUAAAACAACAUACAGAACAGAAGAAAUAAGACCAACAAGCAAUGGCAUCACAUCAAGAGCAACGAAGAAGAGAGAAUACAACCCAAGAGAGAAAGAUGCACGUAGAGAAGGACAUUGUGCCAAAGAUAGCCACCCAGUUUGAAGAGCUAGCAUCCAAGGCUACAGAUACAGCAAUUGCUGCUGCAGCUUCUGUCGAUGCCGACAGAAGAAAUGCUGGUGCUGGAACAAGGCACACUACGGUGGUCAUAGGCGUGGACCAAGGCGGUGGCGUUGGAGGUGGUGGAGCGCAGCAGAUGAUGAGAGCGAGUGGAAAGGGAACGGCGGGUAGUCAGUUCGAGUCGAUUUCAGAUAAGGUUGGAGGACUAGAGUUUGGGAGUGGGAUUGACCAGAGAGGAACAUCAAAUAAGGAGAGAGAGAAGAAAGCGUAUGAAGAAGCUAUUAGGGAGACUAGUCAUGGUGGAGCGAAGCAAGUGCAACAUGGGGGCGGUGGCGGUGAAGGAGGGAAAGGGUCUACUACUGUGGGAAAAUUCGAGAUGAAAGAGGAGAAGGAAAGAGGUAGACAUGGUGAUAAGGGUAGUAUGGAGAGACAGGGAAGAGGAGAGGAAAUGGAAGGUGGUACUGAAAGACAACAUCAUCAAGAAGAGAAGCAAGAGAUGCCGUCUUUGGAAGAGAUUUCUAAUUAUAGACAGACUGCUCAACAGAACUCUUUGGAGACCAUUCAAGCGGCUCAAGAAAGGUACGGCAAAGCAAAGGAACAAGCAGCAAAUGCAGCCUGGGAAGCCAAAGAAGCCGCAAAACAUGGAUUAGGGGCAGCAGCAAAUAAGACAUCUGAACUGGGCUCCAAGGCUCAGGAAAAAGCUCGUGCAGGAGCUGGUGCAACAACCCAAUUUAUAUCAGAGAAGUCUCGUCCAGUAGCUGAAACAGCUUCUGAGAAAGCCCAACAAGCCAAAGAAGCCAUAUCGACUGCGAGCCAAAAGUCUAUGGAGUACACCAGUGAGAAGGCGGCACAAGCCAAAGAUACCACUGUGAGCUCCACAAAGACGGUGGCAGGGUACAUGGGGGAGAAGGCAGUGGCCGCUAAGGAUGUAGCGGUACAGACAGGUAAAACUGCAGCUCAGUAUGCAGGGAAGGUAGCAGAAGAGGUGAAGGAUCAGGCUGUAGUUGCUGGCUGGGGGGCAGCCCAUUACACUACAGAGGUUGCUGUGGAGGCUACAAAGAAAGCAGGUGGUGUGGUCGGAAAGGCCAAGGACGUAAUGGCGACUGCUGCCCACAAAGCGACCGAGUUGGCUGAGAAGCCAGUUGCUAUGGCAAGAGAUGUGGCAGUAGACACUGGAGAAAAAGUUGUGGAUUACACUGCUAGGAAGAAGAUGGAGGCUGAAAAAUACAAGGAAGAGAAGCACACGCAAUAUGAAGCGGGAGAGAGGCAGCCUUCAUACGAAGAAGGGAUUACUGGUAAGAUAAAGGAAGGCAUGGCAAAGGGAAGGGAGUCGAUUAAGUCGUCGCAAGGCGAACACAUUACACAGACCUUCCAGGAAGGCAAGGACACUGUGAAGGAGAGAACUAACGAGAAGGAUGAGAUGAGUGAACAAGGGGAGAUAUUGAUAGAGAAAGGAGAAGGGUUGCUUGGAGCGAUAGGAGAAACGAUAGUUGAGAUUGCACAACAUACUACCAAUCUGGUUGCUGGUGCAGGGCCGCAGGCUGAAGCUAAGGAAAAUGUAGAGUCUCAAGAUAGCUAGGGCUCCUGAAUAGUAGCGCAGGAGUCAGGAGUUUGUUCUGUAACAAGUCUGGUUUUUCUUUUUCUUUUCUUUUUCUUUUUCUUUUGUGUGUAGUUUUGCAGUGCUUGAUUUCCUAGUACCGUGAAUAAAAAAAUAUAUGGAGUUUUAAUUUUUGCUGAAA